AUGAUGAAAAUCACUAUCUUCGCCUUAGCUGCGCUGGCCUGCUCGCUGGCUUUACCUCAAGACGGUCAGACCCAGCAAGCGCCUGUCGAAAUCGUGAAGCAAGACUCCGAAGUGGACGUUAAUGGAUAUAAUUUCGACUUCGAGACGAGUGAUGGCACUUCGAGACAAGAGCAAGGUGAAUACAAGAACGACACUGAGCAGCAAGGCCUUCUGGUUAAGGGAAGCUACAAAUACAUAGCACCAGAUGGUCAGCAUAUUUCUGUGUCUUUCGUAGCUGACAAAAACGGCUACCAACCCACGGAGCAUACUGGAGAUGAGCAACCUGCAGGACAAUAA